GGGGACGCGCUGCGGCCGGCGCGCGUGGCCCGCGUGGCGCGGGAGGAAGCCGUGGGUGUGUUCGCGCCGCUCACGGCGCACGGGACCCUGCUGGUCAACGACGUGCUGGCCUCGUGCUACGCGGUGCUGGAGAGCCACCAGUGGGCGCACCGCGCCUUCGCUCCGCUGCGCCUGCUGCACGCGCUGGGGGCGCUGCUGCCCGGGGGCGCGGCCCAGCCGACGGGCAUGCACUGGUACUCUCGCCUCCUCUACCGCCUGGCGGAGGAGCUCCUGGGCUGAGUCCCGGGCGCAGCGACCGGGCGCCUGACUAAGACGGGUCCUGCGGGCUGAGACCUGCGGGCGCGGGACGCCGGCGACGCUGGCCGGCAGGGUGGGAGGGGAGCGAGGAAGGGGGCCGUUCGGAAACCGCCUGCUUUGGGGCGGCGUCCCACCGCGAGGAGGCGGCCCUGCUCCUUGCAGACGCAGUUGGUGGUGGGCUCUCCAUCACGAGGACUGCCUAGCCUCUUCUUCCCCUGAGCUUCAGCCCCACUUGAUAGUUUUAUUUUAUUUUCUAUUUAUAAAUGGUAAUAUAAUGAGCUGCUUGCCCGGCAGCCAAGGCGAGGGGCCGGGGCGCGGCGUUAACACUGUCGGACACGGCUAGCCAGUCUGAUGUUCGUGUUUCUCUGAGGUGGGCUAAUAAAGGGAAGGUUUCCAGGA